AUGGCUUCGAUGAUGAGCAAGCGCCAGCAAGCGCGCAACGAAAAGGCGCUGCAAGAUCUGGUACACAAUGUACCGGGUAACAAUUCUUGUGCAGACUGUUACGCAAGAAAUCCAGCUUGGGCAUCAUGGAGCUUGGGCGUUUUCCUCUGCAUGCGUUGUGCUGCCAUACAUCGGAAGCUGGGCACACAUAUAUCCAAGGUCAAGUCCCUCAGCAUGGACGGCUGGACGAAUGAGCAGGUCGAGAGCAUGAAAAAAGUUGGCAAUAAUGCUUCAAACAAGAUAUAUAAUCCCGACAAUAAACAGCCCCCUGUUCCCGUGGAUGCCGACGAGGCUGAUUCGGCCAUGGAGCGGUUCAUCAGAGCAAAGUACGUGACGAAGACAGCUAGUGCGAAUGGACAUGGACGAACACGACAAAGCGUAGAGUCUGAUGAAGGGAUUCCUCCGCCUCCGCCGCCCAAGACGGGCGGCUUCUUCAAGAAGACGAGCUCGACAUUCCCCUUGUCGUUCCGCUCGAAGAAGAGCUCCCAUCACGUUGAAGAGCACCCCAAGGAGCUUCGAAACAAGCCCUCAAAGGUCUUUGGCGCGACCGUGGAUGAUGGCGCUGAUGACAUGGCUCGAAAAUUGACACAACUUCGGGAUAUGGGCUUUACAGACGACAAGCGCAACGCCAUGGUUCUGAAGGGUGUUAAUGGCAACCUCGAAAAGACCAUUGAAACCCUUGUGCGUUUGGGUGAAGGAAACGGCGCGCCGCUCGGUGCCAUGUCAGGUCGAAAGGAUUCCUUCCAGUCGCCAGAUGCUCUGCCUAUACAUAGCCCAGGACCGGCAACGCCAACUACGGAAGGAUAUUCCAGGACGAGUCCUUCAACUACAAACAGCCCGGCCGUCUCGAACAAUCCAUGGGACAUCUCUCCAGCGCCGCCGCAGUCUUCGCAUUCUACUGGAACCAUGCCGCAUAGUAAUCCAUUUUACUCCACGAACCCGUUUGGGCCACCUUCUACCCGCCAAAGCGACUUCAGCAAUAUGAACCAAUCCAUGCAGAACCUGUCCUUGGCCCCUUCUCAGCCACAGCAGUUAUUCCCUCACCAUACGGGAGGCUUGCCGGCUCCUCCGCCUGUACAACAGUCCAUGUACCAGCAGUCCAUGACUCCACCGAUACCCCAAACGCAGAACUUUGCGUCUUUCCUUUCUAAUGGUAAUCAAACAUAUCAACAGCAGCAGCAGCCUCAACAGAGCUAUAAUCCGUUCCUUCAACCCUCCCAGCAACAGACGUUGGCAGUCAACACUUCGGUCGCACAGAGCCCAGGCAUCGCUGCCAACAAUCCGUUUGCAAAGUCGCCUACAAGAAUGGCGUCACCACUGGGUCAAAUUCCAGAGCAGUCGCAGCAGAACUUUUAUGGGGCUCAAACAUCACCAUCAUAUGGGAAUAAUCCAUUCCUGACCGCCAGUCAACCCCCUCAACAGCUUCAGUAUCAGCAGGUUCAGCAGCAACGCAGCCAGUCCUUUGACCAAGCCAUGUUGCAAGCGCAGUCGCCUCAGCUACCCCAGCAAUAUCAGCAGCAGCAGUAUCAGCAGCAGUAUCAGCAGCAAUACCAACAACAGUACCAGCAACCGCAACCGCAACCGCAACCGCAGCAGUUGCCACAACAGCAAGGCAUCCAAGCGCAGCCGAGUUACCAGCCUCCAAGGGACAAGGCAUCAAUCAUGGCCCUGUUCAACUAUCCAGCAACGGCCCCAUCGCCUUUGCAAGCACAGGGUCAAAACCAGGCAACUGGCAUGAGCACUCAGCUGGCCGCCCCACAACAAAAUCAACCUGUACAGCCAGCGACCCCCCAGCAGAAUGUUGCAAUGCCGGGAAAUAAGAACCCGUUCCUCAAUGGAACUUCAUCGCCUCCGCAGACGGCAUUUGCGCCUGCUCAAAAUUCUGUUUCAUUUGGGAGCGCAAGAAGUCGCGAGAGCAUGAACCUCGGCAUGGAGAUGGCAUGGAACAAUGGUCGCCACAGCCCAGACGCUUUCGCAAGCCUGAGCGCUCGGGGCACGUGA